GGACCGAUCUGAAGGUCACUGGGAUUGACUUCCUCAAGAGCCACAACUGUCCCCUGCACCACACGGAUGCAUAUGACAUCAAGAACCUGGUGGUGCGGCGCGGACAGCCCUUUCAUCUCCAGCUCAGCUUCAGCAGGGAGCUGAAGGCCUCCGACAAGCUUUCACUGCGUUUGAGCAUUGGUGAAAACCCAAUGAAAAUCAGGGGUACCCUGAUGUCGCUGAACCCUAAGCGGGAGCAGGAUCUAGGCGGGUGGCUAAUCUCCAUCGUCAAGAGCGGCGGCAGAGAGUGCGUGUUGUCUGUCACCAGCUCACCCAGUGCCCCCGUGGGAAAAUACUUCCUCAGUGUGAAGACUGGGAGUAACAUUUACAAGCCUGAAAAUGGCACCGUCUACCUUUUGUUCAAUCCUUGGUGUGAAGGUGAUGUUGUCUUCCUGGCCAGUGAGGCAGAGAGAGAGGAGUAUGUGCUCAACGAUUCUGGCUGCAUCUAUGUUGGCUCUGCGGACAGCAUUUACAACAGACCGUGGAACUUUGGGCAGUUUGAGGGAUUAAUCUUGGAUGCCUGCAUGUAUCUGCUGGACAAAAGCAAACUCAAGCUGAGCAACAGAAGAGAUCCUGUGUUUGUCUCCAGAGCCAUGUCUGCUUUGGUGAAUGCCAACAAUGACAACGGCGUCCUGCUGGGGAACUGGUCAGGGAAUUACAACAACGGGACCUCCCCUACGGAUUGGAUUGGGAGCGUCUCCAUUUUGCAGCAGUAUUACAAAACAAAGAAGCCGGUCCUUUAUGGUCAAUGUUGGGUCUUCUCAGGAGUCCUCACUACAGUCAUGCGCUGCUUGGGGAUCCCAUCCCGCUGUGUGAGCAACUUCAACUCAGCACACGAUACAGAUGAGAACCUGAGAGUUGACGUUUACCUGAACGAAGAUGGAGAAAAGAUGGACUCGUCCUUGGACUCUGUCUGGAACUUCCACGUGUGGAACGACGUCUGGAUGAAGAGGACAGAUAUGCCAGCGGGGUUUGAUGGCUGGCAGGCAAUCGAUGCAACCCCUCAGGAGCUGAGUCAAGGUAUUUUCCAAUGUGGUCCAUGCCCACUGAAGGCUGUCCGAGAAGGGGAGGUGUAUUUGCCCUUUGACAGCAAGUUCGUGUAUGCGGAGGUGAACGCUGACGAAGUCUACUGGCUUGUCAAGAAGGUGAAUGGCAAGGAGAAGUACGUCAAGAUUGCCACGGAGACCCAAGGCAUCGGCAUAAAUAUAAGCACAAAAGCCGUGGGGCAGGACAAGCGGGAAGACAUCACUGCGCAGUACAAGUUCCCUGAAGGCACUAAACAGGAAAGGGAGUCCAUGCAGAAAGCUUCGUCUUUCCUACGCCCGUCAGGAAUAAUGCCUCGUUCCAUUGGUCCAGCCAUGCCCCUGGGUGACAUGGGCUCCAAACCUGAGGUGGUCUCCCAGAGUGGGCUCCAGAUUGAGAUAACCAAUACAGAAGCUUUGUAUCCUGGCAAUCCCCUUGAACUGGCCAUCACAGUGAAGACCUCUAAUCCUGGAAGCUGGACCAUCAAUCUUGUUGGCUCUUGCCAGCUGCAGUCCUAUACUGGGAAAACUGAGGCCAACCUCGGAUCUGUCAAGGAGACCAUCAAGCUUGAAGGCAAAUCUGAGAAGCAGGUCCCUCUGAAAAUUGCAGCCGAUGCGUACAUGAAGACGCUGGCCUCAGUGAAAGAUGAACUGCUCAUCCAUGUCACCACCAUCGCCGAGGUCGAGGGCACAGAUGACAGACUCACCAAUGGGAUGACAAAGAGCUUUGAUUACCCUCCCAUCACUGUCCAGAUGCCAGAAACAGCCAAACUGAACCAGGAAUUCUCCUGUGCCUUUAUCUUCAAGAACAAACUGAAUGUGCCCCUGGAAAACUGCAAGCUGCUGGUGGAGGGCUUGGGCAUAUUUAAGAUGACAACGUUUGAUCAAGGGGAUUUAAUGCCUGGUAAGAUCAUGAAGUCUGAAGUAAUAUGUACUCCAAUAAGACUAGGAGAGAAGAAAAUAGUAGCCAAGCUGACCUCAACCCAAGUCAAAGGGAUCUCUGCAGAGAAGGCCAUCACCAUCACCAAGUAG